GGCUUUCCCCCUUCCAGGGCGCUUCCGCUAUUUCUGGGCAGGGUGAAGCAACGCCACCGCAGUCUCUCCCCGCCCGGGGAGGUGAAGGCUUCGGCUCCGUCCCCUGUCACCAUCCCUGUCCCUGUCCCUGUCCCCGUCCCGCUCGGCUGGCAGCUGCGGGGAGCCCCCCGCCACCAUGGCCGGCUGCCUGCUGCUCCUCCUGCUCUGCGCGGUGCUGGCGGACGAGCUCCGUGCUGAAGGAGGAGUAUUCAUCAAGAAAGAACGUGCUGACAAAUUCUUGGAAAGAACAAAACGUGCUAACUCUUUUUUGGAGGAAAUGAAGCAAGGCAAUAUUGAAAGAGAAUGCAAUGAGGAGCGCUGCUCUAAAGAAGAGGCAAGAGAAGCCUUUGAAGACCAGGAGAAAACUGAGGAAUUCUGGAACGUCUAUGUAGAUGGCAACCAGUGCAGCUCAAAUCCUUGUCACUAUGGUGGACAUUGUAAGGAUGGAAUUGGUUCCUACACUUGCUCCUGUUUGGAUGGUUAUCAAGGCAAGAACUGUGAAUUUGUCAUACCAAAGUACUGCAAAAUAAACAACGGUGACUGUGAGCAGUUCUGUAGCAUCAAAAAAAGCGUGCAGAAGGAUGUUAUGUGUUCCUGUGCGAAAGGAUAUGUUCUAGCAGAAGAUGGCAAACACUGUGUUUCAUCAGUAAAAUAUCCCUGUGGAAAAGUUUUUGUGAAAAGAAAAAAACGGUCUGUCAUUUUACCCACUGAGAGCAGCAACGUAACUAGUGAUCAAGAUGGCCCCUUAGCAAAUGGAACAAGUCUGGAGGAGGACAUUGUAACUACCACAGAAAGCCCAACCCUCCCUCCUCGCAACGGAUCGAGUAUCAAGACCCCCUAUGUCGAUACCAGGAUAGUAGGUGGUGACGAGUGUCAUCUUGGCGAAUGUCCAUGGCAGGCUGUUCUGCUCAAUGAGAACGGGGAAGAGUUUUGUGGCGGAACUAUUUUGAAUGAAAAUUUCAUCCUUACUGCAGCUCAUUGCAUGAACCAAUCCAAAGAGAUCAAAGUUGUUGUUGGUGAAGUGGAUAGAGAAAAGGAAGAACAGUCUGAAACAAUGCAUACUGUGGAAAGAAUACUUGUUCACUCUAAAUACAUCGCCGAGACUUACGAUAAUGACAUAGCCCUAAUAAAGCUGAAGGAACCUAUAGUACUUUCUAAGUACAUUAUCCCAGCGUGCCUCCCAGAAGCAGACUUUGCUAAUGAAGUUCUGAUGAACCAAAGGUCUGGGAUGGUUAGUGGCUUCGGGCGUGAAUUUGAAGGUGGAAGACUUUCCAAAAAACUUAAAGUGCUUGAAGUCCCCUAUGUUGAUAGGAACACUUGCAAGCAAUCCACUAACUUUGCGAUAACAGAGAACAUGUUCUGUGCUGGCUAUGAUACAGAGCAAAAAGAUGCUUGUCAAGGAGACAGUGGAGGCCCCCAUGUAACUAGAUAUAAGGAUACUUACUUUGUUACUGGAAUUGUUAGCUGGGGAGAAGGUUGUGCAAAGAAGGGCAAAUACGGUGUCUAUACCAAACUGUCCAGGUUCUUACGCUGGGUAAGAACAGUCAUGAGACAAAAUUUGUAAUGGUGCGGUUCUCAAUCCUUCUGUUAGUGAACAAGGUGCAGUUUCUCUAAUGGAAUCUUUUUUUUUUUUCUUUUUUUCUUUUUUUUUCCCCACGUCUGCUAAAUGAACUGUCUGUUUGCUCAAGCGAUUCCACCAGAGGCUCCUGGAAAUAAUAUGAACCCCCACCAAUCAUGAUGAAAGUGGGAAGACCAGGACUUUAGUCCUCUAGUGACUGGUACUGCAGCCAGCUGUCUCAGUAGGGAGUUUGUUCCUACUAGAGCUUUUUAGCUUCUACCUGUGGAUGUUUUUAGAAGAUGAAGGGAGCAUGGAAGCUUCCUUCCAGGCAAAAGCUGAGACACAAGUAAGUAUUCAUUAUGUGUUGCUAAAUAACCACAUUCCACAAAACUGCCUGCUUAGGUCACAGCAGCUAAAUAAAAUGUGGUUUUGCUUUUUAUGGAUUGUACUUCACUAUAGUUUAAUUUGAACACUUGUUUUCUGUUCCUUCAGAAAAAAAAAAAAAAAAAAAAAAGUGCAUGUUCACUGUUUCAUGUAUCAUGAUCUGGAUUGUGUAUGGCUGAGGAUCAGAGAGGUCCUUGUGUAUGCAGUUUUUCUAGGUGCUACUGUAAGGUGCAUUACUGAUGUAUAUCAGCAUCUGAAAUAAAACAUUAUUUCUUUUUUGUUC